GAUGGCACCCAGCACCCAAAACUACAUGGAAGACAGCACGCCUGCCAAGAGCCAGCCUCCAGCGAAGAAGCAGUCCAUGUUCGUUAUUGCUUGCAUAUUACUGACAGAGCUUUGUGAACGCAUGACAUUUUACAGCAUAUCUGCCAACUUGGUCCUUUUCUGUACCAAUAAGCUCGCCUUUACCAGUCCUGAUGCCACAACUGUACAAUAUGUUUUUACAGGCUCAUGUUACCUGAUUCCUGUGAUUGGAGGAUGGAUCGCUGAUACAAUAUCAGGAAAGUUUAAUGCCAUCUAUGGCUCCGGUCUCCUGUAUGUCGUGGGUACGUUUCUGCUUGUCUGCGCUGCCAUUGAUUACAGGGACUGGCUUGGUCGUGAUGAUGAGGGCAAAUACUACAACCUUAACCUGGAUGCGCGCACAGGCUAUUACAUGACAGGCCUGUUCUUUGUGGCAGUGGGGACAGGUGGAAUUAAGGCCAAUGUCGGCCCGUACGGUGCUCUGCAGGCUGAAGAGAUUGGCCCGCAGGCGGUGCAGACAUUUUUCCAGUGGUUUUAUUUCUUCAUCAAUGUUGGAUCUUUCAUUGCAUACUCGGCCGUGGCAUACGUACAGCAGAACAUUGACUUUGCCUAUGGCUUCCUCAUCCCAAUGAUCUCUAUGAUCUUGUCCAUUGUGAUCCUGAUGGCUGGACGAUCCAAGUACAAGGACAUUCCACCAGGCGGAAGCGUUUUAUCCACAGCUGGGAAAGUUAUUGUGGAAAGUUGCAAAAGGAAAGGAGAGACAAAUGCUGAAUCUUUCCUGGACAAUGCGAAGAAGAGUUAUGGUGGAUCAUUUGCCGAUGGGACAGUGGAGGGGAUCAAGGCCCUGGGGAGGGUCCUGCCUGUGUUUGUUACCAUCGUUAUGUACUGGGCUAUUUACUCGCAGAUGUCCAGCACGUUUUUCCUCCAGAGCGUAAGGAUGGAUGUGAGGAUCGGCUCUCUGGUCACACCUGCUGCAGCUCUGAACCUGUUCAACAUUGCCAUUAUCCUCAUCCUCAUUCCCUUCAUGGACAGAUUGGUGUACCCGUGCUUGGCAAAGUGGGGAAAACAUCCCACGCUGCUGCAGAGAAUGGGAUUUGGAAUGAUACUGACGGCCCUGUCUGUGGUGUAUGCUGGGGUACUAGAGAUAUUCCGCAAGCAGAACUUGUCCACAACAGGUGGAUUCAUCCAGGACAUCGGGGAUUCCUCUUACAACUCCUCCACACUGUCCAUGUUCCUACAGGUGCCACAGUUUGCACUCAUUGGGGCCAGUGAGGUCUUCACUAGCGCCACAGGGUUGGAGUUUGCCUACUCACAAGCACCACAGAUAAUGCAGGGCUUGAUCAUGGGGCUGUUCCUGUUGACGUCCGGACUGGGAAACUACGUCUCUAUGGCAAUAGUUCAAAUAGUGCAAGCUGCUACAGUUUCAAAGCCAUGGUUUCCAGACGAGAUCAACAAUGGAUAUACAGAGUAUCUGUACUUCUUACUGGGAGGUCUCAUGUUGCUGAACUUCCUGGCCUUCCUGGUUAUUGCCAAAUCCUACAAGUAUCGAGACGUGGAAGAGAUUGCUGAAACUGGUGAGACGCUAAAACACAGUCCUGAAGUGGAACCAGGGAAGCCUCCUACAUAUGACAACCAGGCCUUUUACCACUGUCAGGAUGGUUUUGUUAAUGACAAGAGUGAAAGUACAAGGUUCUGAUCAAUUCAUAAAUGUUAGGCUCACCUGUAUUCAACUGAUGUGAAUGUGUGUGGAAUGUCAUGUUUUGCCUCACUGAGAGUAAAAUGUCAUGUUUCUAGCAUUAAAUUCAGUUUUAUGCUUUGCCGCAUUGAGUGCAGUGUCAUACUUUGCCGAAUUGAGUGCAGUAUCAUACUUUGCAGCAUUGAGUGUAGUUUCAUACUUUACUGCAUUGAGUGCAGUGUCAUACUUUGCCGCAUUGAAUGCAGUAUCAUACUUUGCCAUACUGAUCAUGUUUUAGCUCAUCAUGCAGGGUGAAAUGUCAUGUUUUACCUCAUCUGUUGUAGUUUUGUUUUUGCGCCAUUGCGUGUAACAUCAUGCUAUGUAUUAUAAAGUGCAACAUGGUGUUUUUGCCUCACUGAGUGUAAUGUCAUGUUUUGCUACAUGGAGUGUAACAUCUUGCUACAUGAAUGCAUCAUUGAGUGUAAUGUCAUGUUUCACCCUCCCAGUGAUUACCGAGAUUACCAAGCAAGUAGUUGGUGAAGCUUUGAGCAUAACACUUGCGAAUCGUGUAACUGAGCACGUGAAUAUAUGAUUGACUGGAUCUUCUGUAUUUGCUUCAUUUAGCCAUACGUGUAAGUCUUUCAUAACAUCAUGCAAGCUUCAUUAAACCAUACAUGUAAAUGUUUCAUUACAUCAUGCUGGCUUCAUUAAACCAUACAUGUAAGUGUCUCAAUACAUCAUGCAAGUUUCAUUAAACCAUACAUGUAAAUGUUUCAUUACGUCAUGCUGGCUUCAUUUAG